GCGCUGCAGUUUAAUUUGCCAAAUUGAAAGCUCAACCCUCGCUCAAGAAAAAGAAAAAGAAAAAAAAGAGAACCUUUAAGCUUCUUCUUCUUCUUCUUCUUCUUCUUCACUGAGUUCCUUCCUUACUGGUGCAACAAUGGCGUCCUCGUCGAGAAGCAGAUCCAGGGGCCACCUCUGCUCCACGUUCCACGCCUCAUCCCCGUCGAUCGCUUGCUCCUCGUCCUCGGGCUUCGCUUCGUCGAGCUCGGGCUUCGCCGCGCGAUCGUCCACCUUCUUCUCCCGCGGCGCCUCCCCGCCGCGCGUGCGGAUGUCCGGGCAGCACUCGAGCCAGUCGUCCCCGUCCGUCCGCUUCUCGAUCGACCGGCCCACGUCCCCCGGCCGCUCGAUCUCCGUCAGGAACCACAUCGGCGGCGGCGGGGCUAGGGCGUCGACCGUGCCGAACCAGAAGAAGACGUGCAUGUGCUCUCCGACGACGCAUCCCGGGUCGUUCCGGUGCUCGCUGCACAAGAACUCGAGAUCCAACGCCCAGCAUCACUCCGCGCCGUACAAUUCGAGCAGGAGCUUGAAUUUCAGGAGAUCGGCGAUGACGAAUUCGCUGGUGAGGAUUGGCGGAGUGGAAGGCGACCUGGUGAAGAGAGCGCUCGCUGCUUUGAUUAGGCCUUCUUCGCAUCAACUCAGGCGCCGAGCCGAUUUCAAGCCGAGGCCGAGCCGGCUGUCGACCAUGUCCAGAGCCGAGGAUUCCUGAAUCUUUUUUUCCCAGUGGAUCGAAGCGAAAAAAUUUUCUAAUCUUUUUUGGCAUUGAGUCUGUGGCAGAAAGUAACCGACGUAAGGGUUUCUGCUAGUUUUUUUCUUUUUUUAUAUUGAAUUCGAUCCCGUAUUAGAGGGGAUCAAAUCAGUAAAGAUCGCGGCUUUUUGCUGUAAAUAGACGAGAACAUGGCGAGUUUUUGGUGUUAAUGUGAAGGGACGACGAAAAGAAAUUGUCCCUUUUACUUUCACUGGUCCGUAGAGAUAUUGAAUACAAACUGUGACGAUUCAUCGGAGUUGAUUUA